AUGUUGGUGACCUCACACAAUUUCGCCCUGCGACAUAGGGCUGACGUUGUAGCAGUGACAGAAACGUGGCUCACUGGAGAGGUAGAACCAACGUUUGGUAAGGUCCCUGGGUACUCCCACUGGAUAAGGAAGGACAGGGAGAACAGAGCAGGCGGAGGGGUGGCAGCUUGCUUUAGGGACGGCCUCCAAACCCAGGAACUUGAGGUGACGGUUCCUCUUCAAACGGAAGCACUGUUCUUCAGGGUGGUACUGGAAGACAACAGAGGUCUCCUCCUCUGUAUCAUGUACCGCCCCCCCAGGCAAGGACGGGCACCCCUGGACUUCCUGACGGAGGAACUCGACACCCUUCUUCUACGCCAUCAAUGCUCCCACGUGAUGGUAGUGGGAGACCUAAACUGCCACCUAGAGCAGAACGCUUAUGACGACCUCUUGGAGGUGCAGGGCCUAACAAAUCAUGUUACCUUCCCCACGCAUGUGCGAGGAGGGAUGCUAGACCCUGUGCUGUCAGACCUCCCCGAGACGAGCGUCCGCUGUCAGCAGCUGGGGCCUGUAGGCAGCUCGGAUCAUUACGCUGUCCUGGCCCGAGUCGAGCUGAACGCAACGCGAGAGGACGCUGUCCCACGCACCAUCUGGCUCUGGGGGAGGGCUGACUGGCCGACCAUGAGGCGUGCCCUGGAGGAGAUAAACUGGGGAGAAACCUUGGUGGGUGAUGCCGAGGAGCAGGCACGAGCACUCACUACUAAGCUCCUCAUCCUCCAGCAGCAGUAUGUCCCCAGCAGAGUGUAUCUCUCCAGGCCUGACGAUCCUGCUUGGUUUGGCUUCCGCUGCAAGGCCGCUGCUGAGGCCAAACACGCCGCCUGGCUGAGGUACAAGCGGCACCCGACGCAGAGGAACAAGGCACUACACAAGGCUGCCUGCAAACGGGUGGUAGCUGCCUGCAGAUGGGCCAAACAUAGAAAACAGGAGGAUCUAAAACGGAAACUUUGUGGCCCAGGAGUAGGAGGCAAGACCUGGUGGAGCUUAGUCAAGGAGCGCCAAGGAGCUAAACACCAAGACGCCAUCCCUCCACUCCUCAGGCCUGACGGUUCCACUGCCACAAGCAGCUGGGACAAGGCCUCACUCCUGGCUACAAGCUUCAGCAACAAGAUGAGGGUUGGAGACCCGGAAGACAAGCGCCUCACCUGCCACUGGAGACUCAAAGCACCAUCACCCUGGUCUCAGUGA